AUGAUGACAAAUGAAGAUGCACCGACAAAUGUCCUGAUAUUGCCCAAUGUGUUUUAUCCAUUACUUGAACAAUUAGAUAAAAAUGGUUAUAAAGAUUUACAACAACCAUUGCGUACCAUGUUCUAUCAACUUGAAGAUAAAUAUCCUGGUUUUUCUAAAAGUUUUUUACAAUUAUUCAUUGAAAAAGAACCCCAUAUUCAACAACAACAACAACCCGUUUUACAAAAUAUGAACGAAUUGACAUUAAAAUUAGAAAAAUAUUGUGAUAAAACAUCCUAUUAUUUACAAGGCUCAGAACAAGAAUUUCAUGAGCUUAAUAUUCGUUCAAAAAAUUUAAAACGUAUUCUAAGUCGUAUACCCGAUGAUAUUAAUGAAAAACGAGCAUUUCUUGAAACUAUUAAAGAAAUAGCAAGUGCAAUUAAGAAAACACUCGAUGCUGUAUCAAAUACAUUUCAAUAUUUAAAAACAUCAGAAGGUCGUCAAGCAUUAGAAAAUGAAAAAAAAGAAUUUAUUAAAUAUUCAAAAAAUUUUUCUAAUACAUUAAAAGCCUAUUUUCGUGAUAGUAAACGAGAUGAUGUUUAUUUAGCUGCAAAUCAUUUAUUAGUACAAACUGAUUAUUUACUACGAACAAUUAAACUCUAUUGUGAACCAGGAAAUUUAGAAGAAUAUUUAUAUCCAUCAUUAAAUCAUUAUGUUAAAUCACAAUCAUCGUCAUAUAAUAAUAAAUAUCAGAAUAAUAAUGUCAGAAACAGUAGUGCGAUUAGUGGUAGUGGUCAACAUCAACAACAACGACCUACAUCAACAUAUGAUACAACCGUUUUUACUUAA